GUAUGUAGGUAUAGUAACAUCCUAGCAGAAUCAAACAUUUGUUUCUUCUAGUGCUAACACUUUUGAUGUCAUAACAAUAAAUUGACAAAAUGUGGAAAUUUAUAACUCGUGGUAUUCGUGAAACUUUGGAACGCCGUGUAUGUCGUACAAAUGUUUAUUCGCAAACAUUUCAAGAUCCCAAUCCAAAAAAUGAGGUUAAGGCCAGCUUGACGUGUAACUACAAAUUUUUGGUACCGAGUUUUUCGGUUUUCAAUAAACACUUCUGUGGAUCAACAAAAACUGAUGGUGCAGAGGACAAGGAACAUGAUUCCAAGUGGAAUACAAAACAUUCUUGGUCAGAAGCUAUAAAAUUGACCACUUGGAUGGCACUUGGAUGGGUGGUAUGUGAAACAUUAUGUCUUGGCAGAAGAAUCUCUGAAAAGGAAAAACGUGAUUCCUUAAAAAAUAAACGAAUACAAGUUUCAGAAGCAUGUAUUUCUGACCUAAUUGGUCAAGUAUUAAAUUUAAGGCCAAAACAUAUUCUACCUAUUAUUAAUUGUGUUGGCAGUAGUAAGAUAUAUGCUCAAGAAAAUACAGAAGCUGAAUGGAAACCUGAUAAACCAUUUGGACCAAUCACCAUUGAAGAGGCCUUGAAGGAAGCCACUGAAGAAUUUGCUAAUAUUCAUAAAUUAGCUACAGCUGAAUUUGAACUUCAUUAUGGUUUGAAAGCUUUAGAAGAAAGACGUUACAAGGAUGCUAUAAAACAUUUUACUGCUGGUGCAAAACUAUCAUCUGCUGUUAGUAUGUUCAAUUUAGGUUUGUGUCACGAAUUAGGCCUUGGAACAUUGGUUGAUCAUGCAAAGGCUGCAAAAUAUUAUAGUGAUGCAGCAGAGCAAGAUCAUGCAGAUGCUAUAUAUAACUUAGGAGUUUUUUAUGCUCAAGGCAUAGGUGGUUUCACAGUAGAUCUUGAUAGGGCUCGUAACUAUUUUAUUAAAGCAGCAAAGUUAGGGCAAAGACAAGCACAACAUGCGUUAGAUUUAGAGAAAAACUAUUAUCAGUCUAAGAAAAAAGAACAUGACAUGAUGCUUUCAAAUAAGCAUGAAAAUAUCAAAAAAUGUAUGCAAACAAAUGAACAUGUGAAUCAUAUUCUUAAGAAACUGAUUAAUUACAAUAGUGCGUUAUAUACACAGUCACAAGUAGAAUUUUCUGAAAAUUCUAAUCAUAAGCAAGCUACAAUAGGAUCUAGUGAUGCAACACAGCUGUUUUUAGAUAUGUUUGGGUUAAACGAGCCAAAUAUAUUACCUGUUCCUGUGGAAUCAAGUAAUUGUAGUGUGCCAUGUUAAAGAG